AUGGCAUUUAAAGCAGGAUUCGUGCUCCAAAACCCAGCUGAAAAAGGAACUUGUUCGGACAUUUCGAUAAAAAUACGGUACUUGGAAACAUCGCUAGACCAGUUCAAAGAAGCUCUAGAAUCACUCACCGACGUAACUGGUAACGAAACUCAGCAAGUUCAAACGAUAGCUGAUUUGAAGCGGCGUCUGGCUUUAAAAAAUAGUCUCAUCUCAUCAUUUCUAAAUGGACAACACAUUAAAAAUGCUCGUUCGAUUCGUUGUUUACAAUGUAACUGUCCUAUCCUGUCACCUGAUGUGGCGUUAUUAGUGGAUUCCAAGCCAUUCUCUUUGCCUUUGUCUCAGCAAGCAAAGAACAGUACUUCUGUGAAUACGGAAAUUAUCAGUUCGUGGUGGCAAGUGGAGAAAAUGUUUGAUUUCGAGAAUAUUGGAUUUACACAUGCUCGUGAUGGGGUAAAAUAUUUGAUAUGUGCAAAUUGUGAGGAUGGUCCCAUAGGUUAUCUUUGCCCUUCAACAAAAGCACAUUUCGUUGUUAGCUCAGGUGUAGAGGAGCCACUCGAUUUGAUACGAUUAAGCCUGGAUGAAAGGAUUUACGUGAAAAUGCGCAAUGAUCGUGAGAUUCGUGGUCGUUUGCAUGCAUUCGACCAACAUUUAAAUAUGAUAUUGUCACAAGUGGAGGAAGUUGUUACUACAGUUGAAUUGGAUGAAGAAAAUUAUGAAGAGAUGCAUAAGCAGACGAAGCGUGAGAUACCGAUGUUGUUUGUUCGAGGUGAUGCUGUAAUACUUGUUGCUCCGCCCAUGAGGCAUAUUUGA